CAACAAAAUCGUAUAUUUCAGAUUCGGAAGGUAUAAUCAUUCGGUGUUACAAUGUGGUGCAACAAUAAGGCCUCAGUUAUGAGUAACAAUAUAUAUUCUGUAUGAAAAACUACAAUUUUCAUUACGUUCAUGUUUAAUGAGCCUACGAUAUAUUUUCAUUGAAAAUAUUAUUUGUUGAGCUGUUUUCUCUGAUAAACUUCGACCCCAAUAAUCAACUCCAAUCCUUUAUCUGUCAUUGAGCAAUGGAAUGAUUGGAACCUUAUCGAUAUCGAUGAAUUUAUGCAAUUCAAAAAUUGAGGUAAUAUCCAACAGCAAGUCUGAAACCCGUCAACAGUGGAAUUUUUUUUGUCAAGGGAACCAUCUCAAGAAUGGAAGGCAGCAUUACACCCCAACCGGUGAGAAAUUGAAAAUAAUAAAUUUGGAUAACUCAAGGAAUGUUUUCGAGAAUUGCCAGAAAAUUAGAAGGCUGAUCAAUGUAGAUGGAAUACUAUUCAUAGUCGUGAGCAAGGACUUAUUAACUGAGGAAAAAACAGCAUCAGUGGCUCACGAAAUCAACAAAAUCAACUCGAAUUUUCCUAAUAUGGAAGAACACCUUGAGGAUCGAGCGGAAGCAAUAGAUCUGGAGGGUUUCAGUUUGGUCGAAGCCAUACAAUGCUUGACGAGCCUCACAGACGUUGAUCCAGAGCCGAUGAUUUUGGAAAACUUGUUCGAGAUGUCCUAUGAGGAUAAAUUCAAACUGCUGGAAAUAUUGAUUGAUGAUGAUAGAGUUAUAAUUCGUUCCAGUAUUUAUUCCCCACCACAUAAAAAUUCAUAAACUUUUUGUUAAAUUUCAAAUAAAGGGUUUUCUAAUGUAGUCAA